GGGGUACCCAGAGAAUCGUGCUUUCAUUUUUUUUCUCUCCUCCAACAAUCUGAGCGCUCACUUCUGUCUGCGAAAGACAGUGAACACAAGAGCGGGAUGGAGAGCACAGGAUUUGCAAAAUCGACCGUUUAAAUCCUCUCCCAAAAUCUACUAAGACGCACAGGAGGGAGGGGAGCCUAAGUGCGUCUGUGUCAAGGAGCGAGGGAGCAUCGCAGUCAGAGAACGAGAGAAAGGAAGGGAGAGGAAAAGGGUGGGGGGGGACCGACUCUGGACCAGGUGAUCAAUAAACCUCCAAGGGGCUGCCGGGGUUGUCUCAUUGUACCCUGGAUCCAGUGAUCCAACCAUGGUGCCAGCGCGCUGCCUGAGAACCUGUGCCGUCCUGGCACUGGCUCUCUUCUUGGGAUGCGGCGUGGUCCUGUGCUCCGGCCAGAACGACACGGAGCCCAUAGUGCUGGAGGGAAAGUGUCUUGUGGUGUGCGACUCGAACCCUUCCUCGGACGGAGCGGUGACCUCCUCUCUUGGCAUAUCCGUCCGCUCCGCAGGGGCGAAAGUGGCUUUUUCCGCCGUGCGCGGAACCAAUCAUGAGCCGUCGGAGAUGAGCAACACGUCAAUGACCAUCUAUUUUGACCAGGUUUUAGUCAACAUCGGCAAUCAUUUCGACCUAAAAGCGAGUGUUUUCCAGGCUCCAAGAAGGGGGAUCUAUAGUUUCAGCUUCCACGUUGUGAAGGUCUACAACAGACAAACCAUACAGGUCAAUCUAAUGCAAAACGACUAUCCCGUUAUAUCAGCUUUCGCGGGAGACCAGGACGUUACAAGAGAGGCGGCUAGCAACGGUGUACUGCUGAUGGUGGAACGCGACGACCGGGUCUACCUAAAGCUGGAGCGGGGUACCCUCAUGGGCGGAUGGAAAUACUCCACCUUCUCAGGCUUUCUAGUCUUUCCUCUAUAAUCCCACCGUCGAGGAUCGGUACUCUGCUUAAGUUAAGGAACAGGAACAACAACAACAGCAACAAAAUAUAUUCAAAAACAUGCCAUUUAUUUUUCAAACUGUCAGCCAAGGAAGCCGACGAAUAUCCAACACGACGAAUAUCCAACACUAUAGUCAAAUAUCAACGUUUCCUGGGAGUUUCAUAUAUUCAAACCCAUCAACUUUUACGCAAUCUGGAUGACUAAACGUCUCGAUCGGGCCAGUGGCUGGCAUGUGCUUGUCGAGUGUGUGGAUUUCCCCCCUCCCACCCCCCUCCUUGCCUGGAAAACAAACUUUUGGGCAACAUGGACAAAGGAAAGAUGAGGAUGAGG